CAUGUCCUGGGUCUCCAAGCAUAGAUUGUAUAUCUCCAGUCAGUGAGAAAUAAACAAGAUGUCGUCAACAUAUGCCGCGUUCCACACUAGACGGAACUAGGAAACUCGGAAAUGUCCGACUUGCUAACUGGUUGAAGUUAUACACGUGCUGCGGUCAACGACUUGGCAAAAUGGACAUUUCCGAGUUUCCUAGUUCCGACUUGUGUCUGAACGCAGCAAUAACCACGGAUCGGGGAAUUUUAACGGAGUCUACUGUCAACCUCAACAAGAGGAAAUUGGAUGUUGGACAUGAAGUUAGCUAGUUAAUGUCAAAUUGAUUAAUUUGUUGUUGACAGAACUAAGGUGUGGUGGAAAUCAGUGUCAAGCCUAUUAGGCCUAACUUCACAAGUCUUGUGUGUGAGAGACCUCCAAUAUUAACAUUCCAAUGCCUCUGCUAUUCCUGGAGAGGUUUCCCUGGCCCAGUCUGCAGACCUACACAGCGCUGAGUGUGGUUCUGCUGGCUGGAAGCAUCUUCAGCGCCUACACUACUGUGACUGAACAGGGGUUUGGGGUUCCAGACAUGGACGAGCCUCCACCACCUGCACCCUUAGAAGGGGAUAAUAGAGGCGGCCUAGGUCUAGAACAUGUGACUAGCGAUGAUGUUGUGAGUGCAGAUACAGAAUUGGCGACCACUGUUAUGUGGUACCUGGUCACUGACAGUCUCUUUGUAUGGGUGUUGGUGAAUACAGCUUGCUGUUCUCUGAUGUUAAUUGCUAAGAUGAUCCAGUGCAUGGUUUUUGGGCCCCUCCGAGUCAGUGAGAAGCAGCACCUUAAGGACAAGUUCUGGAACUUCAUCUUCUAUAAGUUCAUCUUUAUCUUCGGGGUACUGAACGUUCAGAUGGUGGAGGAGGUGGUCAUGUGGUGUCUGUGGUUCUCUGCCCUGGUCUUCCUCCACCUCAUGGUCCAGCUGUGCAAGGACCGCUUUGAAUACCUGUCCUUCUCCCCCACUACUUCUAUGAACAGCCAUGUGUGUGUCCUUACCCUACUGGUUUCCCUGCUGCUGGGCUGCUGUGGUCUUGCUGUGGUCUGUGGUCUGCUGGGCGCUGCACAUGGAAUGCACACUCUCUCCUUCAUGGCUGCCGAGUGUCUGUUGGUCACUGUGCGGACUGGACAUGUCAUCAUGAGGUACACCAUUCACCUGUGGGAUCUGAACCACCCAGGCACCUGGGAGAGUAAGGGCUCCUACGUCUACUACACUGACUUCAUCAUGGAGCUGUCUAUGCUAUCCCUGGACCUUAUGCACCACAUCCACAUGCUGCUCUUUGGUAAUAUCUGGCUGUCCAUGGCCAGUCUGGUGAUCUUCAUGCAGCUGAGGUAUCUGUUCCAUGAGGUGCAGCGCCGCAUCCGACGCCACAAGAACUACCUCCGUGUCAUCAACAACAUGGAGGCCAGGUUUGCAGUGGCCACAGACGAGGAACUGGUAGCCAACAAUGAUGACUGUGCCAUCUGCUGGGACACCAUGCAGACAGCACGUAAACUGCCCUGCGGACACCUCUUCCACAAUUCCUGCCUGCGGUCGUGGCUGGAGCAGGACACGUCGUGUCCAACAUGCAGGAUGUCCCUGAACAUCAGUGGUGAUGGAGGCCCGGCCAGAGGCCAGCAGCAGGGGGCUGGCCUCCCACUGGAGAACAACCUGGGCCCUGGGGGCCCCGCUGCAGAUGCCAGACCACACCUCAACCAACACAAUCACUUCUUCCACUUUGAUGGCUCCCGCAUCGCCAGCUGGCUGCCUAGUUUCUCAGUAGAGGUGAUGCACACCACUAACAUCCUGGCUAUCGCUCAGCAGGCCAACAACUCUCAGCUCAACACCAUGGCCCAUCAGAUCCAGGAGAUGUUUCCUCAGGUGCCCUACCACUUGGUGCUGCAGGACCUGCAGUUGACCCGCUCUGUGGAGGUCACCACCGACAACAUCCUGGAGGGACGCAUCGUGGUGCCCUUCCCUGCUCUGGCGGCUGAGCGUUCCCCCGUACAGGUGAACCCAGGCCCAGAGGGGGCAGGAGCCAGUGGGGGGGUGGAGACUGCUCCCAGCGAGCUGAACAACCUGGAGGUCAGAGGGAGCCGCUUCUCCAAGUCUGCAGAGGAGAGACAGAAGAUGCUGCUGCAGAGGAAGGAUGAGCUGCUGCAACAGGCACGCAGGAGAUACUUGAGAAAGAGCCCAGAGGACGAGGAGGACCUGCCCACUCUGGAGGAAGACGCCCCUGUCUCAGACAUGACCAUGCUGAGACGCAGGACCAUGGCAGCAGCUGCAGAGAGACGCAUGCAGAGCCAACCAGACCCUGCUCCCUGAGACUAUACUGGACUGUAAACUCCCACCUGGACAGUCUCACCUCGAACCCACACCUAAUGCCCUUGGAGUGUCCACAAUCUCCUCACGUCCCACCUAAGAGGCACCUCCACCAAAAGAGCUCUCUACGUUAUAUGAUCAAUGGAAUUACCUAAAUAAAAGCAUUACAUUACAAAGUGUUAUAAGAAGCAUGGGCUUUGGCUGCACAUGGCACAGAGGGGCUCUGCUGUUUUAGGCUGCUCUAGUGAGAUAUGAGAACUGGUCCUUGGGAAUGGUACCAGCCUCCCCUGAACUUUCACCAGGCACCAGAGGCUUAAUUGGACAUGGAUCACCAGCGUUUUAAAGGAGUGGUGGGUGUCUCUGUUGAGUUUCUGAAGUGCACCGUUAAACGCCACCUCGCACACCUGUCAUCACAUAGCUCUAGCCCCCAGCUUCACUAGACUUACCUGUCAUUCUCUUUACUGGCCAUGAUGGAGAAGGAAAGAGCAUGGUGUCACAGUCCGAGGAUGCUGCUGAGGUUAUUUAGGGUUUGUUAAGGUGCUGUUGCUACAUACAGCUCAUAGUGUAAUGGAGUGGGACAUAGUUUGUAUUGGUUUUAUUCAACAACAAAAAUAUUUGUGUUGUAAUGGGCUGAGAUUGAUAUUGAUAUAAUUUGUUGGGUUGAUAAACUGAUGUUAUUUUAUAAAAAUGGAGUGAAAACUGUGAAUUAAGAGUAGGUUUAAUAGAUUAUAACAUUGUGAAGCUUUUUAUCUUUUAAGAGAAUGUCACUUUAGUAUUACAGCCUCUUUGAAAUAUGAAUGUACUUUAUCCACAUAAUGCUGCAGAGAGAGAGUACAAGAGUUUAAAUUCUGGCCGUUGUGGAGACCUGGUUGUUAAUGUGUUAAAUGUCAGAUAUCCACCCAAGAAAGAACACUAUCUAAAUAGGAAGACGGAAUAGUUUUGUAUCCAGACAGACAGUAAAACUCACCAGUACAGAGUUAUAGAAUAGUGGAUCCCUGACCUCUAGGUCAACCAGUGGUUUCUAUCUGCAGUCUGUAUACCUCUAAAACUUCCCAAAGUAUACCUACACUGUAUUAAACAUCCAUUGAUAGAGGUACAGAAGACUGUAUGGGCUCAGAGGAGUUAGGUUCAUCAGUAUUCAAACCCAUCUGAUUCACUCACACACUCCAUUCCUACACUCCAUGUACUGGUAGGUUCAUUCUUGCAGACGAUAUGUAGACCUAUGUGUUGGAUUCUUGCAGACGAUAUGUAGGCCUAUGUGUUGGAUGUCUUUAACUCUAAAGGCUUUUUAAAGUUGAGUGGGUGUUGUGCGUGAAUCACAAUGGAAUGCUUUAUUUUACUUUUACCCCAAAGAACAUUGAUCCCAUGAACUUCCACAUGAUGCAGAUGUCUUUCUGUGAGAUGUGCAUAUUUCUGUGUGUUUGGUUGAUGCAAAAGAUUUCUCUCUUUCAGCUUGUUUCAUCUGUGAGAUUGUAAGAAGUUUCUAACUGUUUCAGAGAUGCACCUCUUGUCAAAAACAAAAUACACUAGUCAGUUUUUAAUUGAUUCAAGCUAUUGAUCAACUCAUAUUUUCAUAUCCAUGUCAUAUUUUUAUAUUCAUAAGGGGUUAUUUUUGUAGCCAUUGUAUAUUUGAUCUAAUCAAAACAUGAAUUAUUCUUUUGGACUGAGCUUUCCUCAUAUUUUGUGCCUAAAUCACGAAUAGUUAUAUGGUUUGAUUGUGUAAAUAAUGUAGUUUUUGUAAGAACUGCUCAAGUAACAUGAACAAAUGAUCAAUAAUAAACAGAGCUUUUCUACAGCCAAA